UUCAUGCCCACUGUCCACCACCUCUUGAACUUCAAUCUCAACCUCACCUUCACCAUCUCUCUUGAAAACCACCUCCUCUCAGGACCAUACCUAUCCUUUUUCCGCUCUACCACCCACACUUAUCCUCAAUGGCCAAUUGCUGGCAACCUCAAGCCUCAUUCGUCGACCCAGCGGGGGCCUCCAACAACCAACCAUGCAUGCGCUCUUCGACCUUUCGCGACAUGAUCCAUGCCUUCCCUAGGCCAAAGCAGACCGGACGGGUGACCAAGCCCCGGAGUGCCGGCAACAGUCCUGCUUCUGCUGGCAGACGGAGGACGACGACCAUGCCUCACAGUUCGACCAUGUACCCUGGCUACCAAGCCCCAUUCAACCCUGCCGCUUUGGCAUCCGCCUUCUCCCGGAGUAGUCGCAACCGUCCAAUGAGCUGGCAUCCAGUCAUGGACUCGUCCACCUUCGCGACGGACCCGUACUUCGCGAACUCGACCACCGUGGACAGCCUGGCCGCCGUGGGCAUGUGCCCUCAGCCACUCCCCACCGCCCCCGCUGUCCUCGAAGGCAACGACAUGCUGUCAUCGUACGCCAAUGGGCUUCCUUUCUUCGCUGGCGAGCAAGAUCAAUUGCCGCUUCACCAGUCCGCCUUUGUCCAAGAGGAUCCCGUCUCCUGGGAGACAAGUAACACGACGAUGCCCGCCAUGACCGAGCCCAUGUCAGAUUGCUGGUCAUUCGACAUGGCUUCUAUGCACAGCAGCAUGCCUUCCGCCUACGUCGCUGACUCCACCUAUGACGAGAGUGUGCCAUCCUCGGGAUGCCUGACAGGCCCGGCCACCCCUCAGUUUCUUCCCAUCCAGCGUCCAGAUGACGAUCUGACCGCCAAGCCCAACUCGGAAGACGAACUCGUUGGCAUGGGCCUGUAUAGCAGCCCCGAAGCGUUGAGCGAGACUUCGCUCCUGGGUCUGUCUGGCAAGGGCUUGAAGUUGGAAGAGACAUUCACUCCCUCGGCCAACGAUGCGGAGGACAAAGACGAGGAGGACGAGGAGGACGAUGAAGUCGAUGAUGCCGCCCCUCAAGAGCAGGAGGAGGCCGCCUUCCCCAGCUGCGCGGCACCUCACCGUCAGCCCCAACACUCCGUUAGUAAGCAGCCCGUCAAGCCCGCUGCGAACAUGAUGCACAAAUCAUUCUUCUUCGAGGAGGAUGGCUUCGAGCAACAUGCGAUGUUCGGAUCUCAGCCGCUUAUCAACAUGGCCAGCCAGCCCUGCGUCAGCUAUGGCUAUGGCUGGAUUUGAUCUUCAGAAAGCAUUCAUCCGCCUGUA